UUUACUGUAGUUUCUUUCAAAUGAUUUAUGACAUUAUAAUGUCACGGACAACGCUAGUUUUAGACACGUCUCAAUGACAACUUGGCUAACUGGAAAUGUAACAAUGGGAGCUUAACUGAAGUUGAACACUUGUAUUUAAAGAAGAGCAGAGCACAAAAAGGGACGGGAAUCUUCAAACCUGUGCAGGCUUGACAUGACGCUAGCAUUUUGUGAAAAGGUCGUGAACCUGGCUGUGUCCCAUUUCGCGUACUUUGGGAGUGCAUGAGUGUUCCUGUGCUGUUCUGCCAAAUGUGGGGCAGCGUUAGUACCCGGAUGAUGCACUCAACACGCCCCAAAUGGCGGGUGUGCAUAUGGACCAUAACCACCGUCAAUGACUAGUGGAAGGGGAGGGGUUGCAAUUCAUAAUAAAUAAUGAAAAAGAGGAAGCGGAUAAAUACCGUCAUGUCUGCUUAGUGUGUUAUGAAUCUGGGACAGCUCUAUGUCAAAUUUGGUGCCCUUGGGAAGGUCAACCAUUUACAAAAAGGUGGGCGAUGAAGUCAUCCUCAGGCCAGUUGCGGCCUCUAAGACCGGCCCCUUUGUCAGCAUCAUGUGGAAGCACGGAGAUGACAUUGCGAUCCAGUGGGACGGUGAAAGCACAGAGGUGUAUCGUCAGUUCAAAGCUCGCACGAGGCUGAACCACGCUAGCGGGGAGCUGACCAUCAUGGGGCUGACGCAGGAUGACAGCGGCAGAUACACGCCUGAGAUCAACUACGUCACCUCCACACCAACUCAUCUCAGAGUUCUCUCGUCUGUCCCCGAGCCCACCGUCUUCACGUCCUGUGAUGCUGAGGUGACAACGUGCACUUUGACAUGUGCCGCCAACACCGCAGGUGCAGAGCCCGUCACUUACACUUGGACGUUUGGCGAUUCGGUGGAAACAAACUCAUCUAAGGAUCACAGGAUUCAGAAGGACAGCUCAAGUUCAGGCGACAUCAGCUGCGAGCUGGAGAAUCCAGUCAGUAAAAAGGCUAGCCAGUCAACUCGAAACCCAUUCGUCACUGCGAGCGGAGAUGGCAUGAAGUUAAAUGUCGGAGUGACCGUCUUCAUCUGUCUGGUGACUGCAGUGGCGCUGCUGGUGCUCUUACACAAAUGCAGAACAGGCUUGUGGUUCUUCCAAAAAGAUUCCAAUCCAUGGGAAGCAGACUUCUGGAAACGACGGGAGACGCAAAGCGGAAGCGCUCUGGAAUCAAACGGCAGAACAACUCAUCAUCAAGAGAACACACAAGUGGAAGAAGAAACACCAAUGACCUAGACGGCCAUUCACUUUUCAUGAGUCUAUUAACAGUUGAUUUAAGCAGCGAGAGUGUGGAUGAGAGCGUGCACAGAGCAACCACAAAACAAGGGAAAGCACACGUAGUUCCUCAUUGCAACCUCAACUUCAGACAAUAGCAGGAAAUCCUGCAGUGUGGGCCAGCAUACCUGACACAGGCUGGCACCAACAUCAGUGUGGGGAGGGAAUGCACUGAUGACAUAGAGGGAGGGGGCGGGUAUGGGCAAGUGGCCAUUGUCAAUCAACAAUGGCAUCAUUGUGCACUUUUGAUGCAUUUUAAUUGAAUACAUUAUUCCCGUGCACCUGUCCUCAUUUGAACACUGACAUGUUCUUACUUUAAACAAGGUUGGCAGGGCCUCGUGUUUUCUCUUUUAAUGCACUGCAUGUUUAUAUGUCAACUUCAUUAUUGCACAAAGUUCCCUCCCCAUUUAAAAGGUUGUGUAAUAGUUUGUUUUGUACAACAUCUGUUUUGUUUUUAAGCAGUGUUUUAAAUAGUCAAAUAAAAUAAACCAAGACAAAAAAAGUAUCACUUUCAAAUGCAACCAUUCGGAAGCACCAAGUUGAAAUGUUUGACGCCAAAUAAGUUCUGUAUAUUUUCUGGGUGGGAAAAGGAACCACUUGUAAAGACACACACAAAUAACCUUAUACACGGUAAACUUGUAGAAAGAUGUGUGAAUGCUUGUUCCUCACGUAUGGAGCCAGAACGCUGACAUGAAGUUUGAAUAUUGGCGAAAAAUGUUUGCAUUGUACGAGUAGGAAAACAAUGACAAAGUCGUAAAUUUACGAGAAAAAGUGUAACAUAAGUCCCAUCUUUUCAUAGCAGUCUCAAGCAAUGCCUGUCACACAGAUUAUUAAAAUAAUGGAGAAGGUAUGAUGGAGUAUUGAAAUAAUGGAGAUUUUGAGAAUAAAUAUAAACCGAAUAUAUAAAUAAAAUCGUAAAUGUACGAGUCACCAGUCCGAACCUUAUGUAACAGGCAUUGCCUGCGACAGCUAUAGGGGCUUACGUGACGUGAAGGUAAGGAAGUGAGAUGGGCUAAUGCUAAUAAUUUGUUUAUGCUUAUUUUCUCGUAAAAUUUAUGACUUAAAUAUUUAAAAAAAAUAAUCUGAAAUUCAAAGAAAAAGUUGUACAUUUAUGACUUCUUUUAAAUUUAUAAAUGUAUUUUCGAAAUCUGAGAUCCCCCUCCCCCCAAAUGUGGCCCUAAUACACUGUCAGAGCAUUGACUCAAAAUAAGUAUUGGCAUUGAAAAAUGUUGAAUUCAAAAUAUUAAACCAAAUUAACAAUUUUUUGAAUGUCUAUAUUUCAUUUUUCAAUUCAACAAUUUACAAGCUUUUUUCAUUAUCCAAACAAUGUCAGUGUUCUGUGAACACAUCCAGGCAGGCGCCUGCAGCUGCAAAAAUAUCCCUGACUCUUCAAUUUUGAAAAAGCCA